CUAUCUCAACAAGUCGUGACUGCGGGCGCGCGAUGCUGGUGAGCUUACCGUGGGGCGCCAUGUCCCCGGCCCUCAGCCCGAUGUAUUGAUUCCACUUGACCGCUAGAGAAGGCACUUGGACAGCUAUUUGCAGUUUGUCAAGCCGUCUGACCAAGAUGCUCUUCGGUCAACAUUCGUAUCCAGCAUGCAGGUCACUAGAGACCAUGAUAGGAUUAUCUAGCUUGACCAUGAGGUACAAAAGACGACACUGCCCGCCUGCUAGUUUGAGUAUACACUAUCACAAUCGCUCUUUGGCUGUCAUCUUGAACUAUCUGUGUUCAUCAUGUCUUUCUCUCGCUAUGCAUCCCUGACAGCUUUUGCUGCUCUUGUCUCGUUGGCCACAUCGGAUCCUGUGUAUGACCCUGAUUCGAUCUGCUACUCCUAUGGAGUUGACUUUGUAGAUGAGGGUCAUUACUUCAUCAACUCUCUUUCUACCGAUCCUUUCUCCAGUGUCUCGACUUUCAAGGGGUGCAACACGGAUAUGGCGGACAUUCUCAUUAUCGAUCCAUCGAAUGUCGAGUACCUGUGUGACGAUGUUCCCACAACACCAGACGACACUAAACAGCUAUCGAAUUGUCCAAUCACCAAAGCUCAGAUGACCUCAGGGCACUGGAUUCUUCUCAUUCUAGGCAACAAUGGAGCCUAUCCAGCCCAGCCUUUCGCGUGGCAGCGAGAUCUCUACCUCACUGUUGGCCCACAGGCGACAAGCACAUUUACGCCAACAAUGACAGUCGUCACGACUACUUUCCCGAUUUCAACCUCAACGGAGACCUCGACGUCUCUUCUUGUGACUGAAGUUGGCCCCUUCACGACAGUCGUCAUCCCAAGCGCAACGGCCAGGAAGACCAAAACCAUCACGCCUAAGGCGGUCACCACCACCUCCACGAAAACUCUGACCAAGACUCGGCUGACAAACACUCGAGUCCACGCCACCACCACAAAGACAACUACCGCCACGUGUACGCUGCCAGGUCGUCCUGAGCCAGACAAGCCGUGUCGCUAUUCUCCGACACUUCUGCACCCCGCUGCCUUGGCUACGCCCACCACUAUAUCCAAGGCGCGUUACAUGCGCCGCUCAGAUCGUGCUGUUGACUACGAAUGGGCGCGUGCGCGCGUUGAGGCAGCCAAGCAGAGGCGCAGUGCAAAGGUUCAAGGCCUUCAGCGCCGAGCUCCAGACUCCGAGACCAUAACCAUCACAGCUUUGACCCCUAUCACGACGACUUCGACCUCUACUGCUCCAGCAACUACCACGACGGAAACUGAACUUAUCACUCAGACUAGCACCUCUACUCUGCCACCUGCUACCAUCUUCUCUGGCGUUUUCACCUACACCACCACGCUGCCAACACCGACCAAGACUCGCCUCAGGAUCGGAUACACCACUACCACCAAGACGAUUACGUGGGGCGCGACAUAUACCCGGCACACUACAGUCACUCCACCAGCCUCCAUCACAGCCUGCAAGAAGGCUGGUGGACAUUUUAAGUGAGCUACCAACUCGAUGCUUUAAUUUGACCGUCUGUUCCAAUUUCCUAUUUGCAGCGUUUGGUCCUUACCAAUACCAUGGACACCUUCACAGACACGUAGCAUAAUUUAUGAUCACAUCCAAGCUCAGUCUGUGUGCCUUUGCUUUUUCUGAACUUUAACAUGUUUCGAUCGCGUGAGCUCA